CAGCGGGCGGGGCCGUGCCGGCGCCCCGCCCCCCGCCGCGCCGGGCCGUGCCUCAGGGAGCGCGGCGGCGGCGGUGGCAGCGGCUGGUUAUGGAGCGGGCGGCGGGCGCUGAGACGGAGCCGCUGCUGCCUCCUCGGAGCCGGCCCGCGGGCGCGGCGCGGCGGCUGUGGUGGCGCGGCGGCAGUGCCCGCUCGGCGGGCGCCCCCGAGGAUGCUACUGGAGCUGAUAAUGACCUUUAUAUAAACCAAGCUGUAGUAUUUAUUGAAGAUGCAAUACAGUAUCGGUCUAUAAAUCACCGUGUGGACUCUAAAUCCCUAUGGCUUUAUCGAUGGUAUUACUCAAGAAUUUGCCAGUGGAUUUUGGGUUUAACCAUUACUAUAAUCCUGGCUUUGGCUUUCAUUGAAACACCUUCUUCACUUACUGUCACAUCAGAUAUACGAUAUCGCCUUCCUCCAUGGGAUCCCCCGUGUGGUCUAACAGAAAGCAUUGAGCUGCUUUGCUUCCUUGUGUUCAUGAUUGAUGUAUCAGUGAAGAGUUAUCUAAUUGGAUGGGAAGAAUUUCGGAAAACUAAAUGGCUGAUGGCUUAUAUGCUGACAUUAAUUGUUUCCCUUGCCGAUUGGAUUGUAUCGCUGAGCUUUUUCUGCAGAGAGAAUGUGAGAAUAAGAAGAAUUCUUCGGCCUUUUUUUCUCCUUCAGAAUUCUUCUAUGAUGAAGAAAACAUUAAAAAGCAUCAACAGCACUUUGCCUGAAAUGGCAAGUGUUGUUCUGCUACUAGGUGUUCAUCUGUCUCUCUUUACCAUGUUUGCCAUGCUGCUGUUUGCUCGAACAAAGGAUGGCCAGCAGGAUAAGGAAUGGGUGGGGUAUUUUCGGAAUUUGCCAGAUUCACUGACUUCACUGCUGGUGCUGCUUACUACUGCAAAUAAUCCUGAUGUAAUGAUUCCUGCAUAUUCUAAGAAUCGAGCCUAUUCGAUCUUCUUUAUACUCUUCACUGUAUUAGGCAACUUAUUUCUGAUGAACUUGCUGACAGCAAUAAUAUAUAACCAGUUUCGAGGAUAUCUUCUGAAAUCGGUUCAGUCUUCCCUCUUCAGGAGACGACUAGGAAUCCGGGCUGCAUUUGAAGUACUUUGUCCCCUGAAGGAGACUCCUGCUAAUGCACAAGAGCUGUAUGUCAGUGUUGGGGACUUACUUCAAGUGCUGCAGAAAGUUGAAAUGGAUUCUCGUUGCAAGCAAGCCAUCAUGAGAUCACUCAAAACAUGCUCCUGUGACCGGCUGUCAGCUGCCCAGUUUCAGAAGCUCUUUGAAGAACUAGACAAAGAUGCCGUUAAACAACAUCCUCCUAGUCCAGAGUACCAAUCACAUUUUAUGCGGAAAAUGCAGUUUGCCUUUGGCCAUCCUUACUUUGGCUACUUGGGGAAUGUUGUAGCCCUUGCAAACAUUGUUUCUAUCUGUGUGGUUUUGGUGAUGGAUGCAGAUAAACAGCCUUCUGAAAGAGAUGACUUCUUCCUGGGGGCUAUCAACUGCUUCUUCAUCUUGUACUAUCUGCUGGAAAUGUUGCUGAAAAUCUUGGCAAUGGGGUUAAAAAGAUACUUGUCUUACCCAAGCAAUAGAUUUGAUGGACUUCUGACUGGAAUUCUGCUGAUUUUGGAGAUUGCCACUUUUGCUGUGUACGGAUUUCCUCAUCCUGGCUGGAGACCUGAGUUGAUGGGCUUGCUAUCCCUGUGGGAUAUGGUUCGGCUGGUGAACAUGUUAAUUGUGUUCAGGUUCCUGCGGAUUAUUCCUAAUAUGAAGUUCAUGGCUUUAGUUGUGACUACACUGCUGGAUCUGGUAAAAAACUUGAGAGCCUUUGCAGGAAUUCUGGUGGUGGUUUUCUAUGCAUUUGCUAUAACUGGCAUAAUGCUAUUUAAAGGUGCUGUUGUUCCUAUGGGGAAUAUCAGUAUUGUCAAUACAACAUCUGGUAAUGGUAGUCUGCAGUGUGGGACCUAUGAGCAGCUGGAAUAUUGGCCAAACAACUUUGAUGACUUUGCUGCAGCGGUGGUGACCCUCUGGGAUGUGAUGGUGGUGAACAACUGGCAAGUCUUUCUGGAAGCAUUUUCAAGAUAUUCAAGUCCAUGGGCAAAGACCUAUUUUGUAGCCUGGUGGUUGAUCUCCUCUGUCAUCUGGGUCAAUCUCUUCGUAGCUUUACUUCUAGAGAACUUUAUUCACAAGUGGGACCGUCGCUGUCAUCGGGAACCUCUCUCUGACAUUGAAUACCAGAGGACAGUUGAACUAAUGUUCAGAGAUGUUUUGGAAGAACCUACAGAGGAAGAGCUAAUGGAAAGACUGCACCAGCAUCCACACCUGCAUUUAUGUAGGUGACUGAUUGGUGGGAAGGACUGAUUUAUUUAGCCCUUUAUUUUGUUGAGGUUGUCAGCUGGAAGAAACUGAAUGGAUUUUCUGUGAGAUGCUGUAAUAGGGGCUUGCAGGACAAUGUGUAAAGUUUUGGUUGGCAAUUCUCUGCAAGAGGAGUUUUUUUAUUAUUGGCUUACAUAUUUUUUUCUGGGGAAAAAAAGUAUGCGAAGCCUGCUUAUUUGACUUGAUUUUAAGUUGCAAUUUUACAGCAAUAUUGCAGCCAUUAUUUUUAUAAACUAUUGGUACCAGAAUAUUUUUAUUUUCUUUUUUUAAGAAGGGAAAGUGUUAAAAUGACAGUGCACUUUAAAACAUUGACUUUAUAACCACUAAGCCUGCUACUUUUUGCAGCACAAAAAUGGAACUGCCUCUUAUGGUAGGGGAGUGUGCCAAGGACUGUGCCUUGCAAUUCAUGAAUGGGCUAGGCAGGACUGGAACAAGAUCCUUAAUCCUUUUUGUAAUAAUGAAAGUUGAAACACUAUUUUUAUUAAAACAUGACACCAGCAUAUUUUACUUACUGAAUUUUCAGAAGUAGUUAAUCACUUUGGAACACAAUUAGGUUCAACUCACUGUUGAACUUAACAACAAGGAGUGUCUACCUGGCACCUCCUCUCUUUCUGUGUUUUUGACCUAGGGUUCAUGCUGGUUGCAUCACACUGAUAAUUUUGAGAACAGUUAUAACUUUGAAUGGAACAAUUAUACUCAUGGUUUUCAAUGCGAUAAAAUUGAGCUCUGCUUCAGAGUAAAUAUUCUCAUGUUGCUUUUUAGUAAACUCUUCCUUUUGCUUUCUUCCAAGUCUUGUUCUUUGCUGUAUAGUAUUCCAAGAAAAUGCUGAAGGGAAUGAAUUUUGGCCAGAAUGUAGCAUCAUGACCACUGUGAGUCUUCCACUUAAAGGUGUGUGUGGGGGGGGAGGUUGAAUGGGAUGAUCAAGUGUUUAGCAGCUCAGAUUUCCUUUUGAGUCCCUGGGGCUUGAAAGUGCUUAACCAGUGUUGCAAGAUCUUGUUCUUUUAUGGCUAUGUGGUCACGUGCUCUAUGCCACUAAGUUUGGUGACCUGGGUAAUACUUGUCAGGUAAAUAGCUUUGAUAACAAAUCUAGAGUCAAGAAUUAACACUAAGUUACAAAUGCAUGUUUUUCAUUUAUCUCUUAGUGUUCCACCAGAAAAGGUGUUUCUGUUUGGAUCUUCAUCUCAUAACUAGAAACUCACUAUGAAGAAUAGAAUUAAUCCCAACUACCAUUUUUAUGUGUAAAAAUGAAAUUACCCUCUGUGGUGGUGAUUAUCAUUGUUUGAAGCAGUUGCAACUAAAAUAGACUUUAUUGGGACCACAUCUGCAUUGACAAGGGCUUGGGGUGUGUGGGAAUGAAGUUAAAUUGCUUCUAUUUAUAAGCUACUUGAUCCAUUCAGAUAAUAGUAUUUUUGGAAAGCAUGCCAGGCAGUCAUCCUACUUUUCCAGUUUAUUCCCCUCCUCUCAAUUCCACCCCCCCCCAUCAGUCUCUUCUUUCUUUCCUGUGUUAGAGAGAGGAAAUUCUCUGGGAUGAUGGUCCGUUUGAGCUCAGCAGCAUAUUUCUGUGUUGUUGUCUGGCUGUUGUUUAGAAGUUAUGUGGUGAUUCUUGUCUGUUUCUUUACUUGCUGCUUAUUUUCCUUGUGCUGUGGAACAAAAUACAAGUGGUGGAAUUCGCAUAUGUGUAGAACAAAUAUGAAUUGAGCUCUGAGCCACUCCAGCAAUCUCUCCUUACUUCUGUGCUCUUGCUUCUUAGGCCAUGUUGUUAUUUGUGUGUACUCUCUUGUAUCCGUUCUGUAAUAAUCCACCUAGUUACUCACUUGCACUGGUUUCAGUGGCAUUACUGUUUUCUGGGGUCGUGCACUUAGAACACACAUCACAGCAAGUAAAGGCAUCAGCACAGCAUUUUCCUAGAUUUUGAUUUGUUUCUUUCAGUAUAGUUUUAUGUCAGGGUGGUUUCUGCUCCUAACAUGACUUAAUUGAUACUACUAAUUUAUUGGCACCUAAUAAUGGAGGUUAAAUACUCUAUUUACCUUCUUGCUCGGAAUUUCUUAUUUGCUUUGUUUUCUGCCUUUCUGAAUUCUUGGAAAAGUAGCUAUAUUUGCCUUGCUAAACAGGACGUGGCCAGUUCCUAUCUGCCUGCAAGUUUCACCUUCUUUGGUUCUUAACCUUUUCUUUGGCCAUUACAUUCCACUACAAUCUACGAAAGCAACAUGAAUUGGUGUGGCAUUAUCAUAAACCCCAUAAGUGUCUCCAGUAUGCAGUCUUUUUGCAUCUGGACAAAUAGGAAGGGAAUACUUUUAGUCCUCUGUUUUGCAUUUGUGUAAUAGACUGAGAAUGUAACUAGAAGUUGAUACAAAAAUGUGUCUAAUGUCAAUCAUACUGUAAGAUAUAAAUGACCACAUGAUACAAGUCUUAUGCAAUAAUUGUAUAAAUCAUGAAAAUGAAUGUAUGUAACUGGGUAAAGUUUGAGGUCUAUAUAAUUAAAAAAAAAGUUCCUUCUUAAAAUAUGGAAAUCAUUGAAAUGUUGAAA